CUUCACACCGAUAAUUCGCAACCCUCGGAAUUGUCAAAAUCGCGAUAAGAAAAUAUUGCAGAAUGUUUUAUUUUAUUUGAUUAUUAUCAAAGUUUUGUGAUAACCACAAACCCGGCACAUAGUUUAAAAAUUUUACUAACUUUUUAAGUGCUUAAUACGUUUUACUGAAGCGGUAGUGCCGUGUUAUAAAUAACUAGAAAUAUGCGCGAAUAUUCACGACUUUAUUUAAAAUUUACUGUUUAAAAUCCACUAUUAUGUCUUUUACGCCGUGUAUCGUGUCUCCCUUAUAACAUAUAAUCAACAUUUUCAAUUAUAAUAUCAAAUUGUGUUCAUUUAAUAUUUAGUGUCCUUGUAAACUGCAAUCCUCUCAGGGCGUAACCUGUCGUUCUACGGGGUGAAGGCUGUGCAAAAAUGAUAUUUUUUAACCUUUUCUGAAACGUAGUGCAUCUCAUUUUUGUGAAAAAUGGCUGAGGACGAGGUACUUUUCGACGAAGUAUACGAACUUUGCGAAAUAAUCGGCAAGGGCCCUUUCAGUUUGGUCCGCCGCUGCGUGCACCGUCAAACGGGGCAACAAUUCGCGGUCAAAAUUGUAGAUGUCGCCCGAUUCACUGCCAGUCCUGGACUCAGCACUGCUGACCUCAAACGCGAGGCCACAAUAUGCCACAUGCUGAAACAUCCACACAUUGUGGAGCUCUUGGAGACAUACAGCUCCGAGGGAAUGCUCUACAUGGUUUUUGAAUAUAUGGACGGAUCUGAUCUCUGCUUCGAGGUGGUGCGCAGAGCUAGCGCCGGUUUCGUCUACAGUGAGGCUGUUGCUUGCCACUACAUGCGUCAGAUCCUGGAGGCGCUGCGCUACUGCCACGAGAACGACAUCGUGCACCGCGACGUGCGGCCGCACUGCGUGCUGCUGGCGGGCCGCGACAACUGCGCGCCCGUCAAGCUCGGCGGCUUCGGCGUCGCCGCGCAGCUGCCGCACGCCACCGAGCACCGAGCGCCGCCUGGUCGUAUCGGAACACCGCACUACAUGGCCCCGGAGGUGGUGUCGAGCCAGCUAUACGGCAAGCCGGUGGACGUGUGGGCCGCGGGCAUUCUGCUGCACGUGCUGCUAGUCGGCUACUUGCCGUUCACUGGCACCAGGGAGAGGCUGUUCGAAGCUAUAUGCAGAGGAAGAUUGCGGUUUGACGCCCCCCUUUGGGAUGACAUCAGCGACUCCGCUAAAGAUUUGGUCCAGCGAAUGCUGACAGUUGACCAUACGCAGAGAAUAACCAUCCAGGACGUGCUCAACCACAGGUGGAUAAGAGACCGCGACAAGCAAAACCGUAUCCACCUCGCCGGCACCGUGGACGAGUUGAAGAAGUUCAACAGCCGGCGCCGCCUGCGGGCCGCCACGCUGGCGGCGGCCGCGGCCGACGACGAAGAGGACGACGAGCAGCCCGCCAGCAAGCAGGCCGUGCUCGAGGAGGCCAACGCGGCUGCUGUCAAUCUCGUGGUGGAAUCGCUGGACGACGUCGCGGUCUUGCAGGACGGACCCGGGUUCGUUGACCCCGACCUGUUUCACAGCGUGCUGGACGACCUGCAGCUACGAGCGCUGCUCGAGGUGUACGACCGCAUCGCGUGCACGGUGGUGGUGAGCUCGGGGCGCGCGCCGGCGGCGGAGGGCCGGCAGCGCUGCCGCCAGGCGCUGGACGCGGCCGCGCGGCCCCGCCACAACCCCGCCGGGCCCGCCGCCGCCUCCGUCACCACCGCCGCCGCCAUACACGACCUCCGCCGGGCGCUCGCGCUGCCGCAUAUCAAGGCCCUACUGCAGGCGCACGAUGUGGUGGCGCGCGAGGUGUACGGCGAGGAGUCGCUGCGCGCGUCGCCGCCGCCGGUCAACGGGCGCACGACGGCGCCGCCGCCGGACGACGACGACGACACCGAGCCCGAGUUCGACAACGUGACCAGGGUGCGCCUCGUGCAGUUCCAGAAGAACACUGACGAGCCUAUGGGCAUAACCCUGAAGCUAGCUGACGACGGAAGAUGCAUCGUGGCUCGGAUCAUGCACGGGGGCAUGAUCCACCGGCAGGCCACGCUGCACGUCGGCGACGAGAUCAGGGAGAUCAACGGCACGCCUGUAGCCAACCAGUCCGUCGCACAACUUCAAAGGAUGCUGCGCGAGGCUCGUGGGUCAGUGACAUUCAAAAUAGUGCCGUCGUACCGCUCGGCACCACCGCCCUGUGAGCUCUUCCGGAUUAAGCCUUCGCCCGUACUAAUAUUUGUAAGAGCACAGUUUGACUACGAUCCCUUGGAGGACGAAUUGAUUCCCUGUGCUCAAGCCGGUAUUUCAUUUACUACAGGAGACAUACUUCAGAUCAUAAGCAAAGACGAUACCCACUGGUGGCAAGCUCGCAAGGACGCGGCGGGCGGCUCGGCCGGGCUCAUACCGAGCCCUGAACUGCAGGAGUGGAGAGCCGCGUGCGCCGCCGCCGAACGAUCUAACACCGACCAAGUGAAUUGUUCCAUAUUCGGACGCAAGAAGAAGCAGUCGAAAGACAAGUACCUCGCCAAACACAACGCCGUGUUCGACCAGCUCGACGUCGUCACCUACGAAGAAGUCGUCAAGUUACCAUCUUUCCAGAGGAAGACUAUUGUGCUGUUGGGCGCGCAUGGCGUGGGUCGGCGUCACAUCAAGAACACUCUGAUCGCGCGCCACCCGGACCAAUACGCAUAUCCCAUUCCACACACCACCCGGCCGCCAAGGGCGGAUGAAGAAAAUGGCAGACACUAUUAUUUCGUUACGCAUGAAGAAAUGAUGGCUGAUAUCGGGGCCAAUGAAUACCUAGAAUAUGGCACUCACGAGGACGCGAUGUACGGCACGAAGAUAGAGACGAUCCGUCGCAUCCACUCGGAGCGGCGAAUAGCGAUCCUGGACGUGGAGCCGCAGGCGCUGAAGAUCCUGCGCACGGCCGAGUUUGCGCCCUACGUCGUGUUCAUCGCCGCGCCGCCGCUCAACAACGUCGCCGACUACGACGGUUCGCUGGAGGUGCUGGUGCGCGAGUCGGAGCAGCUUCGGCGCACGUACGGGCACUACUUCGACAUGAGCAUCGUCAACAACGACAUCGACGACACGCUCGCGCAGCUCGAGGCCGCGCUCGCGCGCCUGCGCUCCACCCCGCAGUGGGUGCCCGUCUCCUGGGUCUACUGACACGCAGACUCGUACUACCUAUAAACGAACCAUACACUAGGAAUCCUCUAGACGGAGUUUAGAGGAAUUAUUUCACGAAACCGAUGCUGCCAAAAAUAAUCGGAUGCGGGGGACGAGGUGAGCGAGUCCCGUGCCGUGAUUGGUCCGUUCAAUGACACGGACGUCACACAAAGACACUUUCGGCUCGAAAAUGGAUUAAAACUACCGUAUAUUGUGGCAGAGGGGGUAGAGCCACUAUGCUCAGUCUGUAGGAUGUCUUGUCUGUGAAACGAACUAACCAAUCAUUCGAACCGGCGACACUUUUUCUCAGACAUGUUCGACUUUGUUUCGGGAUUAAUAUUUAAAUUUUACGCAAAAAGUUAACUCUUGAUGCACUCUAAGCAGUAUUUUAGUAUUCACUCAACUUUACGUGCGUCGCUCCAGUUGUGUAUAAUGUUUUCUUAGAAUCAUUGACAUAAUGUGUCGACCUACGCAGAUAAAAUACAUACCUCUAUCUGAAAUGAGUGCUCGUUUUCUUAGCGUUAACACUUAAAGAUGCUUCUAAAGCCAUUACGCUAGUAUUGCACUAACACUACACUCACGAUGCCUACUUGUUUAAUUCUAAUAGCUUCCCACAGUAAGAUAUUUUAUGUUUUUACUUAGUGUUCCCAAUUUCGUAGACGAUGCGUCUGAGUUAACUGAAUUUGUAUAAGUUAUUGCGAACAUUUUUUAAUACAUAUUUAAAGUUUACACUUUUCUUAUAAAUGAUUAUUAAUGUCCGCGUCUCUUUCGAGCACAAGAAGGAAAGGUAUAGGAUCUUUCAAAUGUUUACACGAAAUUUAUCUUCUUGCAUCUCUGGAGACGCGGCUUAAAACGAUGUACCUUUUUAAAUUUUUAUUAAACAGUUUUCACUGUAUAAGUACAUACUCUACACGUUUAUGAAAUUAUAAUAAAAAUAUGUACCCUUAAUACACGUUUUGGAUGAAAAGCAAAGAAGGUUUCGUAUAAAAAAAAGAAUGUGGUUAAAUUGCGUCAUUUAAUGAUGACAAAGAUUCAUUGAUUGUAUAAGAUUUGUGGAGUGUAAUCCAACCCUCGAGUUUGACAGGUCAAGAAGUUGGCGCUUGUCAAACCAAAGUUAGAGUCAGUCCAUGAAAAGUCUGCAGCGGAUUUGAUAGCCCACGCAGUGCACGUGUUAUUUUAACCGUCAAACUUCUAUGAAAUUAUGACGUAUAAAUGACACUUGCACUGUGUGGGCUAUCAACUCCGCUGCAGACUUUUCUUGGUCUAACUCUACCGCAUGCUGUGCGAGUCCGUACAGCGCCAUCUACUGUCAAAAUGACAAAUUCUAUGCACGAAUUUGUCUUAGAGUUCACACAUCUAGUACAAUCCAUGAUUCGCACCAAUAAAAGUCUGCAGCGGAUUUGAUAGCCCACGCAGUGUAAGUGUUAUGUAUACGUCAUAAUUUCAUACAAGUUUGACGUUUAAAAUGACACUUGCACUGCGUGGACUAUCAAAAUCGCUGCAGACUUUUUACGGUCUGACUAUAAUAACAACAGUAUCUCCAAGUACUUAUUGAUUACGAUAAUCUCUACAUUGUUCCUUUCUCUCUUUAAUCAGUGACAAAUAGAUAUCAUUAAUUAAGUUUCUAAGUACAAGGAUCUUGAAUCUACUAAAGCUUGCAUGGUAUUUGGUGCAUGACCGCUCAAUUACACUAUUAUGUGCCAAAUGUGUGACUGCAUACCAAAUCCCACGAUAAUAACGAUUUUAGACACUUGCACGUUAACAACAUGAAUUUUGGAUCAAUUGUACAUAAAUAUACAUUAGUAAGUAAUUAAAAACUAAUCGUCUAGAAAAUUAAAGUAGCUCAACAAAUGCAUAGGUACAUUAAUAAUUAUCUUUAAGAUCUAUUCGACUAUCUUAGAUACUAUUUACCUACCGAUAAAGCGCUUUUUUCGCUCUAAGUACACAAUGUUGAAAAUAUAUAAAAAAAACUACUUACUGACUAAAUCAGUCUUUACGAUAGGUUGAAACAUUUUCAACAAAAAAUCCUAAUGAGCAACUUGGAAUCGAAUUUUCACUUCAAGCAACCAGGAUCUGAAAUCAAUUGGCGUGAAGUUGAGUUGUACCGUUGUGUACUUAUGGCGAAGAGUGGCCAAUCACAUCACAGAAUUAGAAUUCACAGGGUUCCAUGUACCAGUAUGUUUAAGUGUCAAAAUGGUCGUCUUUCUUGUAUUUUAGGGCCAGAAUACAAUUACUCAAUACGACAUAAUUAUUAUCGCAUAGGUAAUCGUAUUUCAGCUCUAAGGGCAACUCUCUCGCUAUGUAUAUGUGUAAUAACAUAUAACAUAUAGAUAUUAUACUUUCUUAUUUCGCACACAUCAUAGUUAUCGGCGUUAAUCAAUCUCAUGUAACCUAAAAAUUCGUACAGUCGACUUCAAAGAUAUGUUUACAUUUUUCGCCUUAUUACAAAGACAAAAGUGUAAACAUAUCUUUGACGUUGACUGCUAUCGAUUAAAUAAUAAUGACACCAAAGUAAGUAACUCGAAAUGGAUACGAUAUCAGUUUUUAAGAACUCUGGUACGAGUAUGUGUUAGCAUUAUGUCAUGAAACAUUUUAUAGCGAUUGUCUUAUUGAGGUGUUCACUAUUCAAAAUAAGUUUUUUGCAAGUACAACAGUCACCUGCUAUAAUAAUUUAGUCUACGAAGGCCGCAAAAAUAUGUGACACGCUCUUAUGGCUCUACAAAUAAGAUCGUGUCAGAUAUUUUUGCGCCAUUUGUUAUGUAAUAUUAUUGCAGGUGACUCUUGUGACUGUACGAGUGUACGUACUUACUUAGUAGUUUGACGUUUGGUGGAGUAAUUAACAGAAUUGAGGUAUGAUGGAAGCCGAAAUACUAACUUCUUUUAAUACUUACUUUUCCUACACUCAGUUGCCAACCUUACAAUCAGAGUUUGUGUUUCCACAUUAAUGCAUUCCAUACUGUAUAUACCUACUAAGUAAUAAACAAGUAGCAAAAUUUUACAAUUAUAACAACUCUCACUGUUUCACUAUAUUUACUUUUUAUGAAUAACUAAGCUAUAUAGGUAAUCAUUUGUUAUUGCUAAGGUGUUCUUGAUAUUGUUCUUUUUAAGUGAUAAGUACAAAUUUUAUCAAUGCUCAGUGUUUAAAGUAUAACUUUAUGUACGAGUAACAUACAUAAAUUGUUAUUUUGAUUACUUAUAUUAUUUGCACUUUUUUUUCUUAUUCCAAAGCGUAGUUAACUUUUACAAAAUUUGACAACGACGAUAUUUAUUUGUCAUUAUCCUUUCAAUUUGUUAAUAUUAUUCCUUUUUUGUGUAAUACUUAAUCUAAAUAAUUUCUCUAAACACUACAUUUUUGUCUUGUACCUAUCCUUAUAUUUAGGAUAAUAGCGAAUGAAAGUAGUUAAAUUAAUUAAUCAUACAGUAGUGAAUUAAGUAAACUAGCUGAUAAUAAGAUGUGUAUUGCUGAGCGAGUAGCACUACUGUCUUUACGUGUUCUAUUAAUGUUGCUAUUAGAUAAAUCAUUUUAUUACACUUCAAAUUCUAUAUUUAAGUGGUAAUCUGUUCUGCUAUUUUAAAUAUUUUAUUGUGAUGCAAUAUUAUUAUUAACAGAGUAGAUAAAUAAAAUAAAAUUGUCUAUUUAAGUUGGCUCUGUUAAAGUUUAUGUAUAUGUGGCAGAUAAUCUGAUCUUUCCGUGAGCAGCUUUAUUCCGAGGGCAUUAAAGUUCUGAAAUUUAUGUAUGAUCUAUGGGUGUAGCACCUAAUUACGAUAGUACGAUACAAGUGCGAAAAGUAGGAAAGAGUUAAACUGUCUGAGCUUACCUAAAUUAGCACGGCAUCGACACGAGUUGCGAAUUACCUUUUCACACGUGUAUUGUACAACGUUUUACAGUACAUUUGGCCCUUUAUAUUUGACAUUCUUUAUUCAUGACACGCAAGUACCUAUUGUCCUUAAUUCCGCCCGAGUGCGGCAGCUAGCACUAUACGUGAGUAUGUCGAAAAUUUAAAGAGCCAAAUGUACUGUAAAACGUUGUAUAAUACACGUGCGAAAAUGUAAUUCGUAACUCGUGUCGAUGCCGUGCUAAUAAAGGUAAACUCAGACAGUUUAACUCUUUAAUUAUCAGACAUAUUAAAAAUAAUAAACGUUAGAUGUCGAACCGUAAUGCUCACGGAUUGUUUGUGUCGACAAGGAACGCCGUUAUUGAUUAAACGGUGUGCCUAUGUUGUCUAGAAAAAGUAUCAAGGCAUUGCAGCUAAGCUGGCAAUGUCCAAUGAAGUAUUCAAAGUCGAAGAUAAAUUAUUAUUGCUUCUUAUUUAAAUAUGGUUAAUGAUUUAACAGCACAGUCAUAGACUAUCAAUAGAACUUUGACGUGUUUAACUAUAAGGAUUGUAUCUUAAGAUUAAGAUCCUUUAAAUUAUGACUUUGUGUCACUCAUAGUUGCCACAAUAAGUAUUAUUGGGUAUCAAUAACAAUGUGUUGUCAUAUGUAAUAAUACUAAUACUGACAAGGAGAGACUUGUCGAAUAUUCAAUACAAAAUAAAAACUUGUUUUGAUUGAGUGGAACUAACCAUAUACAUUCCAAAGUUUCUAAUAAAGUGGCUUCCUUGGAAAUGUUAAAUUGCUUAAUCUCACUACCGAAAUCUGUGGGAGCCGCGCGGCUUAACUAUUCAAAAGAUAUAUGUAUUUACUUAACAAUUCUUCCGUCUAUAAAUAAAUCGCCAUUUGUUUUUGUUGUACCUAGGUAUAUGAGUUAAGAUUGUUUUUAUUAUGUUGAGUAGUUAGUGCUGCUCCUGUAUGGAAAGUGGUUGAGAGAGUCUUCGUUAUAACUAGGAAUGUAAUUAUUUAUUAAUAUUUAAGGAAAGUAUUUUUAAUGUUAUAUGCAUCACCUACAACAAUGCCUAAUCCAGAACAUUCCACUACUACCAAUUAUUAUUUUUUAUCAUUAGAAUUAUUACGUAUUACUUAAAUUAUAUAAUACUGUUACAGAGUCAUUAGAUGGUAGUGAAUGUUUUAUAAAUUAUAAUGUGAUCCUUGUUAGCUUUGAAUUUACUAUUCUUAUUAAGUUUAUUGAAGCAAUUUUGUAAUUUUAUUUAUAUUUAAUGUACUUAUUCCUUGUGAUUUCAUGUUUAAACUUUUUUCUCAGCAUGUUACGUUUGACAAAGACUAACAGUAGAACUACAUACCUACUUUAAAAAGUUUAAAUUAAGUUAGAUGAAAUUGAAAAAAAAAAGGUUUUCUUUUGCACACGGCGCAUGUAGAGGCAUUAACGCAGGUCACCAUAAUAUAUUAACAACGCGGCCGGCUCGCACGUGACUCACGCAAGAAUCGGCCCGUGUGAUCUACGCAACUGAAGCAAGUAAGGGCGAGGGUUUACAAAAAUUUGUACACCAAAAACUCGUGCCUUUACUUGAUCCAGUUAUUUAUUUAAACUAGCACAGGUCGUAAUUGGUACGCCAAGUUUAAGCAUACUAUCCGCGCAAGUAGCUGCAACCUUUACUUGCUCAUGCACCGUGUGCAAUCAAAUAACUGUAAUAAAGCUUAAAACCUACGUACUAAUUGAUCAUUUUAACUACCUAUAGUUAAUAUCUGGUGCAAACUGAUAUGACUCAAUGCAACUGUAAACACUUUGUGUUAAAUGCUGAAGUGUAUCAGGGUGAAUAAGGAAAAUCCGAUGAGCAAUGGACAUUCUUGACAACUAAUGAUGACUGAAGUAAAAUCGAUAUAAUAACUGUUAAAAUUGAAUAAACCGCACAAAAU